AAAAGCUACCUCUAAGAAGAAGUGAGGCUACGGCUAACAAUGGCAGCUUCCUCGGAGUUUGAAAUGGACCAGCUUCCUUCAGACCCACUUCUGCACAUAUUUACUUACCUGAGCUAUAGAGACCUGGUCCACUGCAGCUUUGUUAACCGGAGGCUGAACGAGCUCUCCAAGCACAACCUGCUGUGGAAGUCUCUGUGCUGCCAACACUGGCUGCUGACAGAUGCUGACCGCCUCCAGAGUGGCCUCUCCUGGUACUGCCUGUUCAAGCGGUACUACUCCGACCUGGGCCGUUACAUCCAGCACUACGCGGUGCUGAGGAAAGCCUGGGAGCAGCUCAAGAGCUUCCUGCAGCAGCGGUGCCCCCGCAUGAUCGCAUCGCUCAAAGAGGGCACCACAGAGGCGGAGCUGAACGACAUUGAAACCCAGAUUGGCUGCAAGCUUCCAGAUGACUACCGCUGCUCGUACCGCAUCCACAACGGCCAGAAGCUGGUGAUUCCAGGGCUCAUGGGGAGCAUGUCGCUGUCCAACCAUUACCGCUCGGAGGUCCUGUUGGACGUGGAGACGGCCGCUGGGGGCUUCCAGCAGAGGAAAGGCAUGAGGCGCUGCCUGCCGCUCACCUUCUGCUUCCACACGGGCCUCAGCCAGUACAUGACCCUGGACCCCAUCGAGGGUCGCCGGAUGGGCGAGAGCUUCUAUCCCUGCCCCGAUCAGACCGCUCAGGAUCCAGCAGCCAUUGACAUGUUUAUCACAGGGUCUAGUUUCCUGGAGUGGUUCACCACAUACGUGAACAACGUGGUCACAGGAGAAUAUCCGAUUAUCAAAGACCAGAUCUUCAGGUACGUGCACGAGAAAGGCUGCGUGGCAACCACUGGUGACAUCACCGUCUCUGUCUCUACAUCCUUCCUGCCGGAGCUGUCAUCCGUCCAUCCGCCGCACUUUUUCUUCACUUACCGCAUCAGAAUAGAAAUGUCCAGCAGUGCCUCGCGUGAAGCUGCCUGCCAGCUGGACAGUCGGUACUGGAAAAUCACAACCUCAGAUGGAAACGUGGAGGAAGUUCAGGGCCCAGGCGUGGUCGGUGAGUUCCCGGUCAUGACGCCGGGGAAGGUGCACGAAUACGCCAGCUGCACCACCUUCUCGACGCCGUCGGAGUACAUGGAGGGUCACUACACCUUUCACAGGCUGGCCAAUAAGGAGGAGGUUUUUCAGGUGGCCAUCCCCCGCUUCCACAUGGUCUGCCCCACGUACAGAGAGCCAGAGACCAGGACGAAGCAGUCAAACAACUUAAUUUCUACCUUCAACCAGGACAACGACGGGGAGUUCUGCAACACCGAUCACCGGGACAGAGGCAACGACGGGGACGAUGACGACAGAGACGACGACGACGACGGAGGCGACUUCAGCAGGAUGAGAGAAAUGAACAUGGCUGUUUUGGAGGGGGCGUGGUGCCCCCGACACAUUUGAGCACCACUUGGGUCGUCAGUCUGUGGCUUGACGAAUGAGCAGCAGAGAAUUCUGGGUGGAGUCACUAACAGAAAAUACCUUUUCUGGUUGUUUUUUUUGAGUCAGUCUGACAAGCGAGGAAUUUAACCAGCAGCGAAGAAAGAGGUUUGCUGAAGACAAGACCUGCUGUUUUCUAUGGAAAAAAAACGAUUCCUUUUCUGUUACAGAAGCAAAAAGUCUGCUUGCCCAGCAAAUAUUUCAAAGAAACAAGCAAGAACUAUUCCCAAUAGAAUUUCCUUCAAACAAACAAACAAAAGCCAAAGUCUGGUUCCCCGUUUGACACAGCGAAAGAAGCUUUUGGACACACUUCAAAAGUAGUAUUUUGGAGGCAUUUCUUGAUUUAUUCACACAAACAUUUUUUCGUUAAAAACAAUUUAUUAUAAAAAUCGCUAAGAUGAGCUUGCAGGAGUCUACAGAUUUUAAAGGAAGUGUGCAAUGUUCACCAAAAAGGAAGCUUAAAUGGUGAAAUGUUUUGUUUUUUGCUUGAGAUGAUGAGGUGUAUUUCGCCCCCUGCUGGACAUGCCAAGGACUUGCCAGUACAUUAACUUUUCUUUUUUUUUAGGAAAAUUGUUUAAGGACUCAUAAUAUAUGCACGGGGGACGGAGGGGUUGUGAUCAUAUGGAGGAGUUUGCGGUGUUUCUGGUUAUGUCUGGUAUUUCUGGCUUUAUUGUUAUUAUUUUGUUAAAAACAGGCUCAGUGUGUCACUGAAUAGGAUUUUUUCAGGUUUCAGCAGCAGGAUGACUCGCUGUAUUGACUUGAUUAAAGAGUCAGAGUCAUGUGACUCUGGGUUUAACUCACCACUAAGCUGAUAUUUUUACACAAAAAAGUCUUUGAUGCUACGUGGUUCCUCUAAAAUGACUUCAAUAAAAAAGUUAAGCUAAAAAGAGAA